GUCAAGGACGAAAUAUUUUACUAUUCUUCUCGGAGAUUGUCUUCGCGUUUUAAAUUCAUUAUCAAAGUGACGGAGGUAUUCACUAAAAUCGCAAAAAAAUAAACAAAUUCUAAAUACUCCACUGGCUAAAUUUUGAUUCCAAAAAAUUUAAACUCCAUACUCCAUUCAAACAAGACUACUAGGUACUCAUCCAUAGGUUAAAUUUGUAGUUCCAUUCUAGCUAAAUUCUGAUUAUAUUCUGAUGCUCCUUGCACAUUUCGCAACAUUUAUUGAUGUGAAAACCUACUUUAAGUGCAAAGAUCAGAUGACCCAUUGUUAAACAAACUUCUACAGUACAACACUCUAUUUAUUAUCCUUAUCAAGUUUUGCCAUUUUUUUCGUAUAUCCCUAAAACUAUAAUACAUCAAAAGCUUACCGAGGUUAAUUUUAGUUAUAAACAAGUUCAACGUGGAAAUCCCGUGUGUUCGUCGAGUGGUCGAGUUAACCGAGUAAAUUGUAUUUCAAUUUUAGUAAACUCGCGGUAUCUCCAUUCGAUCGCAUCGCAAUAAAUUUCAGUCGGCGAGCCGGGAGAAUUUUCCAAGGGGACGAGAAAAUUUAGCGUGUAAAUGAUGAUGAUCUCCUUUAGGAUUGCUGGCGAUUCAUGGCUCGCUUUCGCUUUACUUUUUCUACCAGUUUCUAUUAUUUUAAGAAAUUCAUACGCAGGCGUCUCGCAGCGGACUCAGCUGCUACUUUCCAUGGUCUUCAUCACGAGAUACGUAGACUUAUACUUAAAUUUCCAGUACUUAUCGAAUUAUUAUAUUGUAACUGGAAUACUAUUCAUCAUCACAACUUCUGUUACAUUCCUAAUGGGUUACUGGUGGAACGACAUCGACAAGAAAGAUACAUACAAAAGCGAACUACUGAUAUUCGGAGCUAUGGUAGCUGCCAUUUUCAAUGCGCCUACAAGCCAAAGUACCGAGAUCCUUAAGGCAUUCAGCGAGUACCUGGAGUCAGUGGCUAUCGCGCCUCAAGUGUUUUUAAUCCUGAGCACCAAGCAAAUAACCAAGGCGAUGGUGGUGUAUAUGCUGAGCAUGGUCGUUUACAUAACCUUCUACUUCAUCCACUGGAUGCACAGGUACAAUACCGAGGGUUAUUUCGACGCCAUCGCGGAUGUUUCCGCUAUGAUAUUCAUCGGGAUUUACGGAGUAGCGUCGCUGUUGAUGGCUUGUAGAGGAGUGACAUUGAGCAGCGAUGGGAAGAGUACGAGUAGUUUGAAGUCGAGAGUUACGUUAUUUUCCAUCAGCGGUCAAUUAUGUUACAAUGGUGGAGGAAAAGAUAUUGUUCCGUUGGUGAAAGAUAAAGAAUUGGUUCGAGGAGACAAAACAAUUCUAGAAGGUUUUUAGUACUAUUAUAUUUAGUAGUGUGUAUCUAUUGUUUAAAAAAUUGUGAUAGUACCUACCUAUUCCAUAUUUUAAUAUCGUAUUAAUUUUAUUAUGUAUAAUAAGUUUGUUCUAUCAGCGUGUUAUUUGGUGUUCUGAGUAAAUGUUUGCUGUUCCGGCAGAAUUCGUUUUUUGCUUAGAUCAUGUUUGAGAUCUGCCAAACUGUUCUUGUUUGAAGUGAGAACAUUUAGAACAAUUCGAAAAUAAGUAUGGUUAUACUAGUUUGUUGUUGGUCAUAAAUAUUUGUUUAGUUACAAUUUAGUUUUGAAAUAUGGAAAUUAUUGACUUAUUUGGAGCUAUGGGCGAAAGUAGUUAUGAUUAGUUAUGAUGAAUUAUCGGAAGACGAUUUUGAAGAAUUGAUGGAAGAAAGGCAGAGGCCAAAAAAUAAAAAUUAUAUCGAGGAAACCGUUACUCAAUAUUCGGAAAAUGAAUUCAAAGAACAUUUCUGUAUUACAAGAUACUCAAUAACUGCUCGAGGUGUUCCAGCAAGAAUUGUUCCAAUCUUAUAACGAACUUGUAUACAUCAGGGCAUGUGCAAUACAAAAUACUGAUACAAACAUAAUUUGAACAUGCUGCUAGAACAAACCUAAUGGUCAUUAAGACUAGCUCAAAAGACUCAAAAGACUUAUUAAGACUAGCUCAAAAUUGUUAAUAUAAUUGCGAGAGUUUUUUGAGAUCCGGCCAAUUCCACUUAUUUUACCUUCCUUUCCACUACGCCCCACUGCGCUUUUCUGCUAAUAAUUAAAUAAUAAAUACCCAAAAAUAUUUACAAAAAUAUAAUAUAUGAUAAACACUAACAAUUAGAUAGCUAAAACACUUCUUGUCGAAACGUACAAUCGUCAUCAAUUCAUUAAAAUCAAUUAAACCUAUAACUACG